AUGUCGAGCAAAACAGAGCCCAAAGACGUCGAGGAAGUUGACAUUGAAGUCGCAACAGCCACAGACGCCACAGACGGAACAACCACCAAUCCUGCUGUGAAGAUACGCCAUGCAUUGGCCCUUGGUGGAAUAUCGAGUAUUUUGGCAGGCGUGACCUACAUCGUUGGAUUUGUCAUCUUUGGAGUUGCUCUAAGGGAUAUGUUCGAGGAAGACAAGCUGAGCGCCGUCGAGAGCGUGUCAUUUCUCAAGAACAACGAAGAAGUCUUUUACACGGCAAACUUUCUUGUGUACAUCUUGAAUGGCUUCCUACAGGUGAUUCUUUCCUGUGUCAUGUACACUUACCUCCUCUCUGAACACAAACAGAAUGGACGUCAAGAAAUCUACUUUCAAGUGACAUCUGUGAUUGGCAUCAUUUGGGGCGCCCUGGUGAUUGCGGCUGGUAUGAUUGGAAAUGGCGGCGGACACGUUGCUGUGAAUCUCUACGAAACCGAUCCCGUUCGUGCUGCCACGGUGUGGAUGACCAUCGAUGCUGUGUACACCAACGGAAUUGGAGGUGGCAAUGAGAUUCUAGGUGCCGUUUGGGUUUUGAUGGUAUCCUUUUCCUCCUUUGGUUGCGGAAGGGGUUUUCCCAAGCCCGUGAACAUUCUGGGUUUAAUUGCUGGUAUUGCCGGAGUCAUUACCAUCGUGCCUGGCAUGGAUGAAGCUACUUCCGUUUUUGGAGUAGUCAUGACAGUCUGGUACAUCCUUGCUGGAAUGUGGCUGUUGCGGGCUUUUAAAAAAACCUCGUCCAAGUAA